GCGGGUGAGGGAGAAGUCUCCCCUUCCCCUUCCCAACAGCUCUCUGCAGGGGAGGAGUGUGAGACAUGGCUAUAUAAAAGGACUGCUGCCAGAGAGGCACAUCACUGCUAUUUGAGUGGAGAUUCCGUCAACAUCCACAAGUUCUCUGCUUCUGGAGCAGCUUUCGGGCACCACUUUAUUACCCACUAUCAGGCAAGCAGCAUGUCACAGUCUUCUGUGAUGGUUCUCACUGCAUUUGUCAUAUUACAUAUGACAGGAAUUGCAAAUCAUGUCUAUGCUAAUUCUGACAAUCCAGAAGCAUGUGAAACACUUCCAUCUGAAAUUCAUCUUAUUAAAGAGGAAUUUGAUGAAUUGGGUAGGCUGCAAAGAACAUGCACAAGUGAAGUUGGGGUAAACAAAUGUGAAGGAGCAUGUAAUUCCCAAGUUCAACCAAGUGUAGUCACCCCUACUGGAUUUCUUAAGGAAUGUUACUGUUGCCGAGAAAGUUUUCUUCGGGAGCGCACAAUUACACUAACUCAUUGCUACAAUCCAGAUGGAGUGCGCUUAGUCCAAGAGGGUCAAGCCACAAUGGAUAUCAAAUUACGAGAACCUGCAGAAUGUAAGUGCUACAAGUGUGGUGAUUUCUCACGUUAAUGACAACUGUUUGUUGAAAAAGUAAAGUUGAUAAUAUAACCAACUUUUAAGUGAGACAAUAAAUACCUUGUUUUUUUGAAAGAGAGCUUUCU